AUGGAAAAUAUCAAUUCUCUUCAAACAUUAUCACCAAUGGUAGCAUUUUACUCGAUAUUCCUGGCAAUUUUUAUGGGUGCAUUAUUUAUGCAUUUUGCAUUCAACUUCAAAUUUUCACCAAAACAAUUUGCUAUCUAUCUUGAAAGUAUUCAGCAAACUCCGCUAUAUGCAUUAACCUUACCAAUUGCUAUAGUAUGGACAGAAAAACAUGUCAGGAAAACUGCCCAGGAAAAUUGCCGGAAAGCUAUGGAAUUAAAGGGCAAUGAAGCAGCUAAUCAUUACUUUACAAUUUUCGAAAGACCUGCAGGAAGAAUGCUUAAAGAUUGA